CAAUGGGAUUUCUCGCGUCUAAAGGAAACCUCCUCCUCCUGCUGUGUGCCAGCGUCUUCCCCGCCUUCAGCCAUGUGGAAACCCGAGCCCAUGCAGAGGAACGUCUCCUGAAGAAACUCUUCUCCGGUUAUAACAAGUGGUCGCGCCCCGUUGCCAACAUUUCCGAUGUGGUCCUUGUACGCUUCGGCUUGUCCAUUGCCCAGCUCAUCGAUGUUGAUGAGAAAAAUCAAAUGAUGACCACGAAUGUGUGGGUGAAGCAGGAGUGGCACGAUUACAAGCUACGCUGGGACCCUCAAGAAUACGAAAAUGUCACAUCCAUCCGAAUCCCCUCGGAGCUCAUCUGGAGGCCCGAUAUUGUCCUCUACAACAAUGCUGAUGGUGACUUUGCAGUCACCCACCUGACCAAGGCCCACCUCUUCUAUGAUGGGAGGAUUAAAUGGAUGCCACCUGCUAUCUACAAAAGCUCCUGCAGCAUCGAUGUUACCUUCUUCCCCUUUGACCAGCAAAACUGCACAAUGAAGUUUGGCUCCUGGACCUAUGACAAAGCUAAGAUUGACUUGGUGAGCAUGCACAGUCAUGUGGACCAGCUGGACUACUGGGAGAGUGGGGAAUGGGUCAUCAUCAACGCUGUGGGCAAUUACAACAGCAAGAAAUAUGAAUGCUGCACAGAGAUCUACCCUGACAUAACCUACUCCUUCAUUAUCCGGAGGCUGCCCCUGUUCUACACCAUCAAUCUGAUCAUCCCCUGCCUGCUGAUCUCCUGCCUGACCGUUCUGGUCUUCUACCUGCCCUCUGAGUGUGGAGAGAAGAUAACCUUGUGCAUCUCUGUGCUGCUGUCCCUCACUGUGUUCCUGCUGCUCAUCACAGAGAUCAUCCCAUCUACCUCCUUGGUCAUCCCCCUGAUUGGAGAGUAUCUUCUCUUCACCAUGAUAUUUGUUACCUUGUCUAUCAUCAUCACUGUCUUUGUGCUCAACGUGCACCAUCGUUCCCCGCGUACCCACACGAUGCCUGACUGGGUGAGGAGGAUCUUCCUUGACAUUGUCCCACGCCUCCUCUUCAUGAAACGUCCCUCCACAGUGAAAGACAAUUGCAAGAAGCUCAUUGAAUCCAUGCACAAAGUAACCAACGCACCAAUGCUUUGGUCCGAGACCGACGUGGAGCCCAACUUCACUACCUCAUCUUCCCCCAGCCCCCAGAGCAAUGAGCCAUCACCCACAUCUUCCUUCUGUGCCCACCUCGAGGACCCAGCCAAGCCUCAGCCUAUCUGCAAAUCCCCUUCUGGGCAGUACUCUGUGCUGCACCCAGAGCCUGUGCAGGUGACCUGUUCGUCUCCACAACCCUCAUGCCACCCCCUGAGUGACAUCCAGACCACCUCCAUCUCAAAAGGCAGAUCGCUGAGUGUUCAGCAGAUGUACAGCCCCAAUAAGGCAGAGGAAGGAAGCAUCCGCUGUAGGUCCCGCAGCAUCCAGUAUUGCUACCUGCAAGAGGACUCUUCCCAGACCAAUGGCCAGUCCACUGGCUCUCCAGCAUCCCAGCGGUGCCACCUAAAUGAGGAGCAGCCCCAGCACAAGCCCCCUCAGUGCAAGUGUAAAUGCAAAAAGAGUGAGGCAGCUGGCACGCCAGCUCAAGGAAGCAAGACUCACAUCGCCAAAGAGCAACAUCUGGUGUUGAUGUCCCCAGCCCUGAAGCUGGCAGUGGAAGGGGUUCACUACAUCGCAGACCACCUGCGAGCAGAAGAUGCGGAUUUCUCAGUGAAGGAGGACUGGAAGUACGUGGCAAUGGUCAUUGACAGGAUCUUCCUCUGGAUGUUCAUCAUUGUGUGUUUGCUGGGAACUGUUGGUCUCUUCCUCCCACCGUGGCUGGCAGGAAUGAUCUAAAAUACGGCCACAUAAGGAACAAAGUAUAUUCCACUCUAUUGAUUUUAGUUUACCUGGAAGGAGAAGAGCAGAGAAAUGGCAGCAGCCCUUUAAAUAAUUUACUGCGUGCCCGCGCUUGAGUUGCUCCAGAGCUCUCUGGGAAUACUUUCCAAGGUCACAUCAUUUUGCCAAGCCAUUUUCAUCCCCUCCAUCUAAUUUCGGGGAAAGGUCUUAUGAAAUUUGUACAUAGCAUGGUGGCAGUCAUUGACAUAUACUCGGCAAUGUAAGAACACGAGCUUGUUCCCUAAAGCAGCACAUAAAGAGGCUUCGCAUCUACAAAUCAGCCUCUGGCAAAUUAGCUCCAGUCAUCUUCGGAGGUCUCGGUGUGCCCUGCCUUGUGAUUUUGCCCUGUCAAGCUGAAGUCCUUCAGGGCUGCGUGUCCCUGUAUGAGUCAUUUUAUAAAUAAAGUUCCAGAUUUGGGA